AUGACUUGCAUUGAGGCUGGUAUUUUCUACGGAGUAAAAUUGAGAAGACUCAACAAGAACCCAUCAUUCCUAAACAAGGUUUUAUUAAUUUUGUACAAACAAGUGAAUAAUAUUGAAUUGACAAAGGGGGAGAAGGAAUUUGCCGAAAACUUAAAGACAAUUGAACCACAAGCAUCGUCUUCCAAUCUAGAAGAUGAAGAGGAUGAUAAACCUAAAGUGCCUCCUCCUAAAAGUGCACCAAAGAGAAGACAUGUCGAAGAUGAUGAAGGAGAGGAUGAGGAUGAAGUUGAUGAACAAGUUGAUGAAGAAUAUAAUGUAGAAGAAGAACAAUUGGAAGAAUAUGAUUACCAGUUAAUUUACAAAGCUCAAGAGAAUUUAGGAUUUUCUGUGAUUACUUCAAAGGGAAAUACAUGGAAUAGAAGUGGAUUUGAUUGUUUAGAAAUAGUUGAGCCAGUCAAUUCGGAUAAUUGUAGCUCAUUCAAUCCACAAGAUUUACUCGAUAUGGAAAAGAGUGUUUCAGAUGAGAAGAGAAAUAAUGUUGCCAUGUAUUUGAAAAUGAUUGGGCAUCCACCUGCUUCAUUAUCUUGGUAUUUGUAUCCAAGUGCUGGUUAA